AUGCGUUUAUUCACAGUUAUAUUAGAUGCGUAUGAUUUAGUGAAUCGUAAUGAGAAAUAUUUAAUUGAUCGAGCUAAACAUCGUGAUCUAUUACGUCCAUUAAUUUCUUCAACGAAGCCAUUAAAUCUCUCCACAGAUUGGCAUCAAGUUACUAUAUCCACACAAUAUUCUGGUUAUACAUUUUGUAUUCAAUUAACAUGUGAAUUAAAUCAUUAUGGUAAUGAUUGUACUAAAGUAUGUCAAGUCAAUGAGAAUCAUACCAAAUUUAAAUGUGAUUCAAAUGGUGAUAAAUUAUGUGAACCUGGUUGGAGUGGAAUUGAAUGUGAUAAAGCAAUAUGUAAUAUUGGUUGUCAUCCAGUUCAUGGAACUUGUUCAAGACCAGGAGAAUGCGAUUGUGCAACUGGUUGGCAAGGUCCACUUUGUGAUGAAUGUAUCAAAUAUCCAGGAUGUGAACAUGGAACAUGUAAUGAUGCACCAUUUACAUGCCGUUGUUUACCUAAUUGGGGUGGAUCAUUUUGUGAUCAAGAUUUGGAUUAUUGUGAACGACAUCAACCAUGUUUAAAUAAUGGAAUAUGUAGGAAUUUGAAUUCUUCAUAUUCAAAACCAUUCAAUUGUAGUUGUACACGUGAUUUUACCGGGGAAUAUUGUGAAGUAAAAUUGGCACCAUGUAUAAUUAAUCCAUGUAAACGUGGUCGUUGUAUAUCAACAGAUAAUAUCAUUUAUGAAUGUGAAUGUCAACCAGAAUGGCGUAGUGAUCAUUGUGAAGAGAGUAAUUUCAGUGGUUAAAAUUUAUUUGAUUUAAUACUUUAUAUACUACCACUUAAAGGGAAGAAUAUAGGGUUCAGAUACCGAAGUGGACACCAACUCUGGAAUAUGUAAAGUACAUUCAGCUGAAGAGUAGUAAAUAAGACGACAAGCGCAUCGUUGAUUCCAUUGUUAGCCUUAAUUGUCUAUUUUACUUCAACGUGUCUGACAUGUCUUAAACAAUAUGUUUCAGUAAACUUAAUUGACCUGUAUGAUAACUAAAAUGCUUGUUAUCUAGUUAUGCGGUCAGGUUCAAUCAAAA